AUGCCGCGCGCAGCCUCUGCCACGCGGCUUGCCAUGGGGCCUUGCAGCGAAUCUCUCAAAACGGUCGAACCCAUUUUCCGCUCAGAGGUUCCACCUGUCACCGGUGUUAUUCGUCGCUAUGAGUUCACCAUCUCCCGAAAGACUAUCGCUCCGGAUGGAUAUCAAAAGAAAUCCAUCCUCAUCAAUGGCCAGUUUCCGGGUCCCCUGAUCGAGGCCAACUGGGGUGACAUCAUUGAGAUCAAAGUCAAGAACGACAUUCAAGGCCCUGUUGACGGAACAGCCAUCCACUGGCACGGCUUCUUGCAAAAGAACUCGCCGUGGAUGGACGGCGUGCCAGGCAUCACGCAGUGCCCCAUCGCUCCUGGAAAAACCUUCACCUACACCUUCGUUGCCGACUCGUAUGGCACUUCGUGGUAUCAUUCUCACUACUCGUCCCAAUAUGCAGACGGCGCCUUUGGCCCCAUCGUGAUCCACGGGCCGCAGCACCAGCCCUACGACGUCGACAUUGGCCCGAUUCUGCUCACGGAUUAUUACCACCGAAACCACUCGGAUAUCAACAGGGCCAUAUUCAACUCGGACUUCAACGUUGUGGCCGUUCCUGCUGUCAAUACGCUGAUCAAUGGCCGCAACAACUUCAACUGCUCUCUGAAGGCUCCUGGCGAUAACACUCCAUGCAGGAGUGAUGCAGGGCUUGCCAAGUUCAAGUUCCAGCGCGGCAAGAAGCAUCUUCUCAGGGUUGUCAAUGCCGGUGCCAGUGCCUUGCAGACGUUCUCGGUCGACGGACAUAACAUGACGGUGAUUGCGAACGACUUUGUUCCUGUCAAGCCGUAUCAAGCCCAGUAUCUCAAGCUCGGCGUCGGCCAACGGACGGAUGUCAUUGUCGAAACCGGCCCGAAUGAGCGCGCCCCGUUUUUCAUCCGCUCCCAGAGCCCAGACAGGCCCUGCGCCAACACGAUUCAGCCGAACGUCAGCGCCAUUGCCUACUUUAACAACAACAACCAGUCGCCGACGCCCAACCCUUGGCCGGCGUUCACGGCGUCAAUCCAGGACUGCGAGAAUGAGCCGCUGGAGAAGACGGAGCCCCUGCAGCCGUAUACGCUGCCCGGUCCCCCAGCGGCAACGCAUACCUACUACAUGACGCUGCGCCAGAACGAGACGGGCUCGUAUCUCUUCCGGUUCAAUGACUCGGCCUUCCGCGUCAACUUCAACCACCCGAUCCUGCUCCUCUCCAACCUGGGCAACAACUCGUACCCGUACGACCCGCAGUGGAACGUCGACGACAUCGGCAGGGCCACCUCGGUCCGCUUCGUCAUCUACAACCACAACGAGCGCUCGCACCCGAUGCAUCUGCACGGGCACAACUACUUUGUCGAGGCCAUCGGCUUCAACAACCAGACCUGGGACGGCCGGAUCGUGCGGCCGUCUAACCCGCAGCGGCGCGACACGCAGAUUGUUCCCGCCUGGGGGUACAUGGUCAUCUCGUUCGAGACGGACAACCCGGGCGCUUGGGUUUUCCACUGCCACGUCGCUUGGCACGUCGGCACGGGCUUGUCGGCGACGUUUCUGGAGCGCCCGGAUCUGAUUGCCCAGUACCGCAUUCCAAAUACCGUCGCGCAGACGUGCCGGGACUGGUGGGCGUACACCAACACGACGAUUGUGGAUCAGAUUGACUCGGGGUUGUAA